UAGUGAGCGGACAGGCGGCACGGCACGGUGGUAUGGAAGGGCCCCUCGUCCUCUCCUUGUGUUCCCUGGCGGUGGUGUUCACCGCCGCCACAGAUGCGAGUCGCAUUGUGUUUCCUGUUAGUGUGACUCUGCAGGAAGGGGACACCUGCACCUUGCAUUCAGGUGCGUCAGGCAGGUGUGCGGACAUACGUCACUGUGACUACACUGAUGUGAACUUUCGCCGCAACCCGCCCGUCAGGUGCGGCUUUAACGGCAUAUAUCCUGUCGUCUGCUGCCCCAGUGCCUCGGAUGGAGUUCUACUGCCGGUAACAGAUAUCUCUCCACCCAAAAUCACAUUCACAUGUGGAACAAAAGGGCUCCCAGUGGCAGGAGCUUUCGCUGUAGGGAGUGAAAGAGCAGAACUGAAUGCAUGGCCUUGGAUGGCACUGAUUGGUGAGCAAAGUGGACCAAAUGUGAACUGGUUUUGUGGGGGAGUGCUGAUCAACGAGCAGUGGAUCCUGACUGCCCUCCAUUGCUUCUUUUCUAAGAACCCAGACGUGGUGCGUCUAGGUGAAGAUGACCAUCUGGAUGACAAUGACGGGGCAGUUCACCAAGACUUUGGUGUGGCAGAGACGGUUAUGUACCCUGGGUAUACUCACCCCGAGGACUACCAUGACCUGGCCCUGCUUAGGCUGUCUUCGAGGGUGCACAUACAGGAAUUCAUAAUUCCCGUGUGUCUCGCGUGGGGAGCGGAGAGCGAGGUGGACAUCACGGGACAAACAGCGACGCUCACUGGUUAUGGCGAUACUGAAUUUUUUGGCCAACCAACCACCUUCCUGCAGCAAGUGAACGUGACGGUGUUCACGUCGGAGAAGUGUGACACUAGCUACUCCAUCUUGCCCAGAUACAAGACCAGUUGGCCCCAGGGCAUCGGAGAGGAGACCCUGUGUGCCGGAGAUCUUGAGGGAGGGAAGGACGCUUGCCAGGGUGACUCCGGCGGGCCUCUGGUGACUAGGAACAAUAUUGGACGGUAUGUGUUGGCGGGCAUCGUGUCCCAAGGUAACGGAUGUGGCAACAAGGACUUCCCCGGACUGUACGGCAAUAUGUACUACCCACCCUACCUUGCCUGGGUCAAGAAAGUUGCUUUCACAGUCUAAUGAAGGAAAGAAAUGUCAUGCUAUAUCAAGAAGACUUUCAGGAUAAUAAAUAUAAAAUAUGAGCCAGAGAAAUUAUAAUUCGACAUCGUUAUAUUAGCAUACCUAUUAUUAUCUCGAGUUCGCGCUGAUGGCAAGAGGCCUUUCCAAACUUUUCCCAUCCACCUAUGGCGUCUGGUUGCUGCCACAAAUUAUUUCAAGAAAAUAAAUUAAUCAAUUAA